AUGUCGAGGCAAGCUAAAUUUGAUUAUUUGAAAAACUGCAAACGUUGCCUCAACUGUCUUGGACUUCACAAUUUUAAAUACUGUGCUUCCAACAAUUCAUGUAGAAUAUGCAAAUCAACUCGUCACCAUACUAGCCUCCAUCCAGAUAAUCAAUCUGUCAAUCAGUCAGAUAAUCUAUCUGACAUCCCGAACAAUAACAGCCUCCAAAUUGAAAGUAAAGUUUCGGAAUCUGAAUCUGCUGCCCCCAAUGAAAUUAUCAAUUCAUAUCAUAUCGAUAAAAGGUCUAUUUGUGUUGGACAAGUGCUUCUUGGUACUGUUCAGGCUAGAAUUGAAUCUGCUGACGGUACAAAGCUCCAAGUUAGAGCUGUGUUAGAUCCAGGGUCUCAAAUUUCUGCUAUCAGUCAGAAACUAGUGAAAAAAUUGGGUUUAAAAAUUAAUUCAAUCAAUAUGUCUAUUUCUGGUAUUGGUCAGACCAAUGCGCAACCAUUAGGUUUAAUAGAUUGCAAGUUGUAUCCCAAAACGGGAUUGGAGUACUUACAAGUACACGCUGUUGUGUUACCUGAAAUUACCAACAAUAUACCUUCUGCACCUUUGUCACAGGAAAUAAUUAAACAUUUCGAGCACUUAAAUUUGGCUGACGAAACAUUUCAUAUUUCUCAACCCAUAGAUAUUCUCCUAGGUGCUGAUACUUAUUCUAUCGUUUUUGAACGUGACGGUCGUAUUUCGUCUCCUGGAUAUCCUACUGCCGUAAAUACAUUUUUCGGUUGGACAAUCAUAGGUCCCAUAAAUGAAAUGUGUUCCUCUACGAAGUCAGUACUUUUGACUCAAUCUGAUCUCGGCGAACAGAUGCAAAAAUUUUGGUCGUUGGAAGAAGGUGGAGAAACUAAUAUUAUAGAUCCUGUAGAUGAUUACGUGGAAAAACAUUUCGUAUCUACUCAUUUUCGUGACGAAAGUGGUCGCUAUGUAGUGUCAAUACCAUUCAAGUUGGAUAAUCCAUAUCCAGUGCUUUCCUUUAAUUCAAAAAGAUCAUUGAAAUCUUACUUCUCUAUCGAAAAUCGAUUGAUGAAAGACGAAGCUUCCUUGAAUUUAUAUAACGACUUUAUGUCAGAAUAUUUGAAAUUGAAUCAUAUGUCACGUGCCAAAACUUCCAAUAGUUAUGUGAUACCGCAUCAUGUUGUUCGUAAAGACUCUAGCUCAACCACGAAGCUGCGAGUUGUAUUUAACGCCUCAGAUUUAGAUAGUUUGGGUAAAUCGUUGAAUGAUAUGUUGUUGGGAGGUCCCAAAUUACAGAAAGAUAUUCAAAUAAUUUUGCUUUCAUUCAGAAUGUAUCCUAUCGUAAUUUGUGCAGAUGUAGAGAAAAUGUACAGACAAAUUCUAGUAUGUCCUUCAGACCGCAAAUUUCAACAUAUAUAUUGGCGUUCAUCCCCAGAUCAGCCUGUAACAGAAUUCGAAUUGAACACCGUCACUUAUGGUUUGAAACCUUCGGCGUUCUUGGCUUUACGAGUGUUGAAACAACUCGUAUUUGACGAGGGAAAAGAUUUUCCUAGAGCAUCUAAAGUUUUAGAUGAUGAUAUAUAUGUCGAUGACAUUUUAACCGGUGCCUUUAAUGUUCAGGAAGCUAUCGAACUGCGUGAUGAGCUUCAGGUAAUGUUGAAGAAAGGCGGAUUUUCUUUGAAAAAGUUUUCGAGCAACUGUCUCGAUAUUUUGAAUGACCUGCCCCCUGAUCAUAUUGAGGCUAAGUUAGAUUUUAACGAUGAUAACAUGGGAAUAAAAAUUUUGGGUUUGAGUUGGAUUCCAGCGGUAGAUUCUUUCAUUUUUAAUGUAAAUGAAUUCAAUGAAAAACCAAGUAAACGUUCAAUUUUAUCCUACAUUGCACGUAUAUUCGAUCCAGUGGGCUUUUUAUCACCUAUUGUAAUUUCAAUGAAGCUUUUAAUACAAAAAUUAUGGUCGGAGAAACAUGAUUGGGAUGACCCCUUGUCAGAUGCUUGUCAUGGUGACAGGUCGAGAAUAGUAAAUAAAAUUCAGUUGCUGUCAAAUAUUAAAAUUCCACGGUCAAUUAUUUCUGCUCCUUAA